GCCAGCCCAAAAGCACCCUUUUCAGCCCCAAAGAACAAACCAUUCUUUAAAAAAGAAAAAGAAAAAAGAAAAAAUAUAUAUUUUUUUAAAUAUAACCCUAAAGCCCAUAACCAUUGAUCAACAUUUCUCUCAACUUCUCUCUCUCUGUGUUCAUUUCUUGUGUACUAAUGGCAAAACCAGAAGCUAAAGCAUUAGAAGGGACCUCUGAACCCUUCAAAUGUAAGACAUAUGUUUUGAGAGUCUCCAUUCACUGUGAAGGUUGCAAGAGGAAAGUUAUAAAGAUUCUGCAUAAUAUUAAUGGAGUUCACGCAGUAGAAAUCGAUCGAAAGCAACAAAAAGUCACAGUCACAACAAACACUGACGAACAAACUCUGAUCAAAAGAUUAAUUAAGGCAGGAAAGCACGCAGAACCAUGGCCAGAAACAAAACUCAUCUCAAAAAACAUCAAAGAAAAACAAAUCGCCGUUGAAAUACCCGCCGGCGAAUCUAGCGCAGCCGUGGGCGAUGGCGGAAAGCAGAAACAGAGCACUGAAACAGAGCCGCCGGCGGAAGAACUGCAAGUCCGACCAAAAAAUGAAGAGAAAUGUGGAAUUAAUGAGAAUGUCGAAGUACUUGAAAUUAGUAAGGGCGGUGAUGGCCACGGAGAUGCGACGGAGACCGGCGGAGGCGGCGGAGGCGAAGGCCCUGCAGAACGAGCUGUAAAGUCUCCGCCGAGCAUUGCCGGCGAGACUGAUCCCGUUGUGCCGAGCGGUGCGGUUGCUGUUGAGGCAAACUGUAGUGGCGGGGGAGAAGGGAGGAAGAAGAAGAAGAAAGGGCAGAGGAAAGAGAAGAGCGGCGGCGCAAUCGCCGGAGAGGUGAUGAGUCCACAGACAAUUCCUACACCUGCAAGCAUAGGAUCAGCCACUCCUCUUGAUCAUCAUCAUGAUCAAAUUCCACCAUCCAAUCACAGCCUUCCAUUUAACCAGCCAUACAAUUAUCCCGUACACACAGUGGUAUCGCGACCAGCAUACGUGGCAAAUUACAAUACCGUAUACCCAAGUAGCACCUCCGAUGCAUACUAUACUUCACCGCCACUGCAGUCGUAUGCUUAUAUACAUCCUGCUGCACCGAGAAAUACCUCGCAACCAUCGUCGUCGUUACCAACUGUGGAACAAUCGUAUGCUUAUGUACAUUCCGUUGCACCGAGAAAUAUCUCAUCAUUGUUGUCACCGUCACCACCUAUGGAACAAUCGAAUUCUCCACCAUCGAGUCCGUUUGACUUCUUUAGCGACGAGAAUCCAAGUGGUUGCUCCAUCAUGUGACGGAGAAAAAUUAUGCUUAGUUGAAUGAUACUAAACUUAUACAACUUGUAUGAGUAUAUGGGAGUAGAAUUGUAAUAUACAUGUAUAGGGAUGAUGUAUGUGGCCAAAAAAGGGGGGGAAA